CCACCACUCAAAACCGGCGCACAACAUGUCUGCCGUCCGCCUGCUCUCCCGCUCGCGUCUAGUCGCCGCCCGCAGCGCCGUUGUCCCCCGCGUCGGCGCCGCGCGCGCCGCUGGCCUGUCGACUGCCGCUGCCCGCCGGCCGGCGACCGCGGCCCGCGUUGCUGCCCCGUCGCUCGCUGUGCCCCGCCGCUGGGCUUCCGCCGCCGCCGCCGAGGUCGAGGCCGAGGAGGCCCCCGCUGCCGAGGAGUGGCCCGAGCGCGUGCUCCCCGUCCUCGCGCCCGCCGACAAGAAGCGUCUCGCCCGCCAGCGUAACAUCGGAAUCUCGGCCCACAUCGACUCGGGCAAGACCACCCUCACCGAGCGUGUGCUGUACUACACCGGCCGUACCAAGGACAUCCACGAGGUCCGCGGCCGCGACGGUGUCGGAGCCAAGAUGGACUCGAUGGAGCUCGAGCGCGAGAAGGGCAUCACCAUCCAGUCGGCUGCCACGUUCGCCGACUGGAACUCGUACCCCCCUCCCAACGAGUGGGAGGAGGGUGCCGGCGCCCCCGAGAAGGAGAAGUAUGCGUUCAACAUUAUCGACACGCCCGGCCACGUCGACUUCACGAUCGAGGUCGAGCGUGCGCUCCGUGUGCUUGACGGUGCCGUCCUCGUCCUCUGCUCCGUCUCGGGUGUCCAGUCGCAGACCAUCACCGUCGACCGCCAGAUGCGCCGCUACAACGUCCCCCGUAUCGCGUUCGUCAACAAGAUGGACCGUGCCGGCGCCAACCCCUUCCGCGUCGUCGACCAGCUCCGCAACAAGCUUAGGAUGAACGCCGCUGCUGUCCAGAUCCCCAUCGGCGCUGAGAGCGACUUUGGCGGUGUCAUCGACCUCGUCCGCAUGAAGGCCAUCUACAACGAGGGUGUCAAGGGCAACGUCGUCGUCGAGAAGGACGAGAUCCCCGCCUGGCUCAAGGAGCUCGCCGAGCAGAAGCGUGCCGAGCUUAUCGAGCACAUCGCCGAGGCUGACGAGGCCCUGUCCGACAAGUUCCUCAUGGAGGAGGAGAUCACCGAGCUCGACAUCACCCAGGCUAUGCGCCGCGCCACCAUCGGCCUCAAGUUCACCCCCGUCUUCAUGGGCUCGGCCAUCAAGAACACUGGUGUCCAGUCGAUGCUCGACGGUGUCUGCGCGUACCUCCCCGACCCGUCCCAGGUUCCCGCCGAGGCCAACGACACUACCCUCCCCGCGCACGCUCCUGCCGUGCCCAUUGUCCCCGCUGCCGAGGCACCCCUUCUCGGUCUUGCCUUCAAGCUCGAGGAGGGCAAGUACGGCCAGCUUACCUACAUGCGCGUGUACCAGGGCGAGCUCAAGCGUGGCUCCGUCAUCUACAACGCGCGUACCGGCAAGAAGGUCAAGGUGCCCCGUCUUGUGCGCAUGCACGCCGACGAGAUGGAGGACGUCGAGUCGCUCGGCUCGGGCGAGAUUUGCGCCAUGUUCGGCGUCGAGUGCUCGUCGGGUGACACCUUCACCGACGGCACCACCCCCCUGUCCAUGACCUCCAUGUUCGUCCCCGACCCUGUCAUCUCGCUCUCGAUCCGCCCCGACGGUAACGAGACGCCCAACUUCUCGCGUGCCCUCAACCGCUUCAAGAAGGAGGACCCCACCUUCCGCGUCCACGUCGACGCCGAGUCCCAGGAGACCAUCAUCUCGGGCAUGGGUGAGCUCCACCUCGACAUCUACGUCGAGCGCAUGAAGCGCGAGUACAACGUCGCAUGCGUCACCGGCAAGCCCCGUGUCGCGUUCCGCGAGACCAUCACCGCCUCGGCGCCCUUCGAGUACACCCACAAGAAGCAGUCUGGUGGUGCUGGUCAGUUCGCCCGUAUCAAGGGCUACAUUGAGCCCAUGGAGCUCGACCCCGACACUGGCAAGGACACGCAGUUUGUCAACAGUGUUGUCGGAACCAACAUCCCCAACGGCUACAUCCCCGCCGUCGAGAAGGGUUUCCAGGAGGCCCUCGACCGUGGUCUUCUCACCGGCUACAACAUUACGGGUGUGCGCUUUGUUCUCGAGGACGGUGCUGCCCACGCUGUCGACUCUUCGGAACUUGCUUUCCGUCUCGCUGCCAUGGGCGCCUUCAGGGAGGCGUUCCACAAGGCGCAGCCCGUCAUCCUCGAGCCCAUCAUGACGGUCGAGGUCGUCGCGCCCAUCGAGUUCCAGGGCAGCGUCAUUGGCGCCAUGAACCAGCGCAAGGGUACCGUCGUCGACACCGAGGUCCGCGACGACGAGUUCACGCUCAUUGCCGAGGUCUCGCUCAACGACAUGUUCGGCUACUCUUCCCAGCUCCGUGGCCAGACGGCCGGCAAGGGCGAGUUCACGAUGGAGUACAAGCAGCACUCGCCCGUCCUCCCCAACGUCCAGAAGGACAUGAUCGACGCCUUCCGCAAAAAGCAGCUCGAGCGCAAGUAAGCGAGCGCGAGCGCGAGCGCGCCUGGAACACCCCCACCCUACUACAUUGCCCAUCCGCGCUAGCGGCGGACAGGCGCCCUAGACUGCGUUGUACGAUUAUAGACAUGCAUACUCCCAUCUCUGCG